CAGCAGCUCUCUGGUUCAGAGCCUUUGUAACUUGAAGUUAGCGGCAGUGUUUCAGCUGUUGAAACACACUCCUACAGCUCUGUAUGUGGGUUUCUUACCGUAUCUUCACUCCUUUUAUUUUCUUCAUUGACUCUCAAACCGCUAUGGGAGUACACUGGUUGCUGCCGUCCUGUCAAAGGAUUUUUAAAGUUCCUGAAGUGUGAAGGAAGAAAAAAGAGACGGAUAUUCCAAGAAGAGUUGCCUAACCUGACCUGAGGUCUUAGGAUCUUUAUGGAGGUACCAAAGAUGGCAGCUUUGGAAACAAUUGUAUUUACUUUGGCAUCAGUACUCCUGCAUGUGGCGAGAUGUCAGGGGAUCAUGGGAAAAGGAACAGAGAACUUGCCACUAAGGUUCACGCAUCAUCUGUACAACGCAACCAUCUAUGAGAACUCUGCCCCGCGGACGUUUGUUGAGACGCCAGGGAAGAUGGGCAUUGAAAUGACAAAUCAGCUCUGGGAAAUCCAAUAUAAUGUCGUCUCAGGUGAUGACGACGGCCUUUUCCAAGCGGAGGCAGUACAUGUUGGAGAUUUCUGCUUCCUCAGGAUCAAAACACGCAGCAGUAACUCUGCAGUCCUGAACAGGGAGGUCAGAGACACUUAUACUCUCACUGUGGCUGCAAUCGAAAACACUUUUCACUUUGAGGCAAAGACAAAGGUGUUUGUCCAGGUGCUUGACACCAACGACCUAAAGCCUCUUUUCUAUCCUGCCUCGUACAGCGAGGCUAUCAGGGAGGACACUCCACUUAAGUCUAGUGUGGUGAGGGUUAGCGCUACAGACGCUGACAUUGGCAGCAACGCUCGGUUUUAUUACUCUUUCACCAGCAGAGCUCAUCCUUUUGUUGUCGACCCUUUCACAGGCACAGUCAGCCUGGCCAAGAAGCUCAAUCACACUCGCACCGAGAGGUACGAUCUCACAGUUUUAGCUGAGGACAGGACGAAGAAGUUAUCUGGUGUUCAAAAAUUUGGUAAUGUUGCCAGGGUUACAGUAAACAUUCAAAAGAUGUCCAUGGGUUCUCCAGUUAUCACACCUACCCCCAUACUCACAGUCUCUACAGACGGCAAAAUAACUAUCAAUGUCCACGUGGAUGCAGGAGUUAAGCCUGUGGAAUCCCUUAAUAUUGUUGGAGGGGAUCCCCACAAGAGUUUUGAGAUAAUCCCCCUUGGUGUGCAGGGCAGUGACUUCCAAGUGAUCUCUACAAAGAGGAUUAUCUGGUCUCAAUCACCUUUUGGGCUAAAUCUGUCCCUUCAAGCUAAAGACUUGAGCUUCCCAAGUUCACUCUCUCCAAUUACACAAAUCCACAUUCCGGCCUAUCAUUACAGCCCGUUGGCAUUUUUAGAGGACACCUACAUAGUCACACUUAGUGAGUUUUCACCCCCUAAAACCUAUGUAGUUAAGGUUUUGGUCACCUCAGUACCUUAUAAUGUUACCUUUAGUAUAAAAAGCAAUCCAGACAGUACUAAAUUCAAGAUAAAUCCAAGAACAGGAAUUAUCAUAACAACAGAGAGAUUUGACUAUGAGAGAAAGGAGCGAUAUGAGUUUGAUGUAGUGGCCAAUCAUGGGGAUGCUGAGACUCACAUAGUGAUUGAGAUAACCGAUGAAAACGACAACAGCCCACAGUUCACCCACACCUCCUAUGAGGCCACGCUGGAUGAAAACACACCGGUUGGCAGCAGUGUUUUGAAAGUAGCUGCCACAGACGAAGAUAAAGGCAAAAAUGGCUUUAUAACCUAUGCUAUUGCAAACGCAGGCCCCGUACCAUUCACAAUAGACCCAUUCACAGGUGUCAUUUCAACCUCCGAACACUUUGACUACGAGCUGAUGAAGCGGCGGUACCACUUGAGAGUUUGGGCCUCAGACAGCGGCGGCCCCUUCAGUCAGGUCACCGAGUGCCCCGUGACGAUAAACCUGAACAAUGUCAACGAUAACGUCCCUCUGUUUGAGAGGGUGGGCUGCAACACCACCAUCCCUCUGGACUCUCCCAUCGGACACACAAUCGCUGAGCUGUCAGCCAUUGAUGUAGAUGAGCUUCAGCAGCUGAGGUAUGUCAUUGAGUCAGGAAAUGAGCUUCAAGUGUUUGAUAUUGACUCUGUGUCAGGAGCCAUCACCCUCAAGCAACCAAUUCCCCUGCGAGCAAGUUCGUUCAACUUAAGAGUUGUAGUCACAGAUGGCAAACAUUUCUCUGAAGCGUCACUUGUCAGGGUAACUGUCACUAACAGAGGCGAUAAUGCAACGAUCCACUGCCAGGAAACAGGCGUUUUCAAACAGUUGACCGAUAAACUCAUAGAAUCGAUCAAACCCAUUUUAACUAAUCAAGAAGAAGACACGUUCUCUGAUAUCCACAUCACCAAUAGAUAUUCCCCCAAGUUUGACUUAAGCAUCCCGAGUUCAAUCGACCUGAUGGAGGACCAUCCACUGAAUUCCACCAUUGUUCAGUUCAAGGCAACGGACAGAGACACUGGCUUUAAUAGUAAGCUGGUGUUUGCCAUAUCAAGUGGGAACGAGGAUGGCUGUUUCUCCAUUGACAUUUUCUCUGGUGACCUCCAGUUAGUUUGCCCAUUAGACCGAGAGAAUAAAGAGUUCUACAUUUUGAACAUCACUGCUUAUGAUUUGGGAACACCACAAACAUCUGCGUGGAAGUUCCUUGCAGUGAAUGUCAUGGACGUUAACGACAACCCUCCUGUUUUUGAUCAGCCCAGAUAUGUGGUACGUGUGCCGGAAAACACAGAGGUGGACUCCGUUAUUUUUACAGCUCGCGCAAUCGACCCUGACGCAGAUACAAGCGGUAAUGUCCAGUACUCCCUGCUGACGUCUACUGACAUGUUCAGAAUCGAUGAAGUGACUGGCGAGUUGACGGUGGCGAGUGGUUUGGAUCGAGAAACCUCCCCCAGACAUGACCUCAGGAUCGAAGCCAGAGACCAAGCCAAACUCGGCCCGCAGUUGUUCUCCAUGAUAGACCUUGUGGUGGUUUUGCAAGACGUAAAUGACAACCCACCCAAGUUUGUACCCAAAGUUUACAAAAUAAAAGUUCUGGAGGAUGUACCUGUGGGAACUCUCCUUGUCUGGGUUGAGAGUGUUGAUUUUGAUCUGGGCAGCGGAGGCCUCGUCACUUACAACCUUAAGAAUACAGAGAGCGGGAUCUUUAACCUCGACUCUAACACGGGGGCCUUGGUCCUGGAGAGGGAGCUGGACUUUGAGAGACGGCAAAUUUACAACCUCACAGUCCGGGCCGUAGAUCACGGCCAGCCUCGCUCCCUCUCCUCCUCCUGCUUUGUGGAGAUUCAGGUUCUGGAUGUCAACGAGAACCUUCACAGGCCUGUGUUCUCUGAGUUUGCGUAUAAAGCCGGAGUGAUGGAGGAUGCAGCAGUGGGGACAUCAGUGGUCACGCUUACAGCUUCAGACCAGGACCUGGGCAGAGAUGGAGUGGUCCGCUACUACAUCCAUGAUGGCUCUGGUCUCGGGGUGUUUACCAUUGAUGAGGAAACAGGUGAGAUUCGUACGACGGAGUUGUUGGACCGCGAGAUGAGGCCUCACUACUGGCUUUCUGUGUACGUCACUGAUCUGGGGACUGAGCCUCUGAUGUCCUGGACUCACGUGUUCCUGGAAGUCCAAGACGUGAACGAUAACGCUCCAGAACUUUCUCAGCCAGUGUACUUCGCAUCUGUCCAGGAGAACGUGGAAAAAGUCAAUUCCGUCGUCCAGGUGUCGGCCACAGACGUGGACACUUCCUCUGAGGGGAAGCUGUCCUACCAGAUGCUGGAAUUUCAUCGGACAUACUUUGAUGUGGAUCCCAAAACAGGUGUGAUCAGCACUCUAUCAGCCUUGGAUCGGGAGGAUAAACCAGAGCACAGCAUUGAGGUCAUCGUUUCAGAUAACGGAUCUCCGUCUCUGCGCUCCACCGCCACCGUCGUGAUCCGAGUUCUCGACGCCAACGACAACCGACCGAAGUUCACCGACAAACUUUUCCACGUCAAGCUGGCUGAACAGCGUCAGCGGGCAGGUAAACGGGAAGUCUGCAGGAUGGUUGCCCGUGACGACGACGAGGGCUCAAACGCCGAGGUGACCUACAAGCUCCAAGACAACAAGGACGACGAGCGCUUUGAGAUUGACUCGGUGACGGGGGUGGUGACGGCCCACGGGGAUUUCUGGCCCGGGAACUACAGCAUUCUCACGAUUAAAGCCACAGACCAGGGCAGCCCGUCCCGCUCGUCUACGGCGAGACUCGACAUUGAGUGGAUCGCCCUCCCGCCGCCCUCUGCCGAGCCAAUCAUCUUUGAUGAGCCCCAUUUCACCUUUGCCGUCAUGGAAACGGAGCCUGUCACUCACAUGGUGGGCAUCAUCAUGACGGAGACGCAUCAGAUGAUGCGGUGGUUUGACAUCAUAGCUGGUGAUGAAGAAAAGGACUUUGACAUCCAGAGGAAUACAGGAACCAUCUCCAUCGCCCGCCGGCUCGAUGCAGCUCGACGCUCCAACUACAACAUGACGGUUCGGGUCACCGAUGGCCACCACAGCGCCACCACACAGGCCUACAUCCGCGUGCUGGACAUGAAUGAGCAUCGUCCCGUCUUCCUGAAGACGCUGUACGAGGUGAGGGUUCCUGAGGACACGUCCCCCUGGAAGGACAUCCUGCAGAUCAGCGCGCAGGACGCCGACGCCAACAGCAAACUGGUGUACUCCAUCCACAGCAGCCUCCAUCCAGACAGCACCAAGUUCUUCCACCUGGACCCAAAGAGCGGAGUCCUGGUGAUGAAAGAGGAGCUCGACUACGAGAUGAUCUCUGUUCAUACGCUCAUCAUCAUGGUGCGUGACCAGGAGAUCCCAGUGAAGAGGAACUUUGUGAAGUUGAUGGUUCAUGUGGAGGACUGUAACGACCACUCGCCUACUUUCCUCAGCCCCCGCUACGAGGCCAGCAUCUCCAACCUGGCCCCUACAGGCUCGGAGGUGGUCCGGGUCAAGGCUCUGGACAGGGACAUGGGCAGCAAUGCUGACAUCAGCUACUCUCUGAACUCUGGGAAUAUCAACAACUUAUUCUCCAUUGAUCCGGAGCUGGGCUCCAUCAGUGUAUCCAAACCUUUGGACCUUCAACCUCAGGACCACUUCCACUUGACAGUAAAGGCCACGGACCAGGGCUUCCCCCAGCGCAGUGACCUCUGCUCAGUCCACGUCCACAUCCGCAUCUCCGACCAAACUCCACCCACCUUCCCCUCGGAUGAAUACCUAACAGAGAUCAGUGAAUUAAGCACUCUUGGAACACCAGUGGUCACCAUCUUAGCCUCCAGCCCUGCUGCAGUGUAUUAUGGGAUAGAAAGUGGCAACCCAAAUGAAACAUUUCAUGUCAACCGCUACACUGGGUUGAUUUCGAUCCAAAAGCAUCUUGAUUUUGAGAAAUCUGCGUCCUACAAGCUCAAAGUUACAGCUACCACCACGGCUGGAGCCUCGUCUAAGACUGUUGUUUACAUCUACGUAAUUGACAAGAAUGACAACGCUCCUGUUUUUCAGCAGCAACACUACCUGGGGCAAAUACGCGAGUCAGCUCACAUCAAUAGCAUGGUUAUGGGAGAAAGAAACACCCCUCUGGUCAUCCAGGCUUCAGAUGCAGACAAAGAUUUAAAUUCUCUGCUGGUCUACCAGAUCCUCGAACAGGAGGCCCUAAACAUCUUCAAGAUAGACUCAAGUAUGGGUACCAUCUCUUUAAUUUCACCAGUGGACUUUGAAGCCAAAGCCGAGUAUCACUUUACCGUGCAGGUAAAGGACUCGGGGGAGCCAUCGUUGUGUGCAACGGAGCCUGCCAAGGUCACUGUUCACAUCCUAGACCUAAAUGACUGCCCGCCACAUUUCUCCACACCUGUGUACGAGCCAUCCAUCAUCUUCCCAGCUGUCAGAGAUACAGAGGUCGUGCGCGUCAUGGCCCAUGACGCAGACUCAGCAGUCUCAUACAGCAUCACCGAGGGGAAUCUUUACAAUGCCUUUUCAAUUCAUCCCAACACUGGAGUCAUUAGCAUUAGCAAUGUGUCUGAAUUCAGGCCAUUUUACCAACUGGUUGUCAAAGCCUCUGACGGCCUCUACAAAGACUCAGCUACCGUCAAAGUAAACGUGACAAACCUAACAGCCAGCGAUCUUGGAUUUGUGCAGAAAGUGUAUUCAGCAAGUGUUACAGAAAACCUAAAGACAGUCAAAAUGUUGGUGGCACUCAAAGCCAAAGGGUGUUUUUUAAACGAGCCUCUUUUGUAUUCUGUGGUAAACCCAAUGGGAAAGUUUGUAAUUUCCCAGACAUCAGGCAUUCUUGAAACAACAGGUAUCCCUUUUGACCGAGAGGAACAAGAUGUGUAUGACAUAGUUGUGAAGGUAGAAGACCUGAGAACACCAGCUAGGACUGCUACCACCCAGGUCAAGGUUUUUAUAGACGAUGUCAAUGACAACUCGCCGCAGUUUCUGAACUUGCCUUUUUCAAUGAUGAUUUCUGAAACCGCUGAACCAGGAGAUGUUUUAUAUCAAGCAACUGCAAUUGACCGAGAUCUUGGAGAGAAUGGUUCCAUCAUGUACUCGCUGGAGGAGGACUACGGCCUCUUCAGGAUAGAUCCCGACGUAGGCGAUGUGUCCCUUCAAAGGCCUCUUGACUUUGAAACUCUGAAUAAGUAUGUGUUGACAAUCAUGGCUAUAGACGACGGUGAACCAAGUCACAGCACAAUGGCACAGCUCAGUAUUCAAGUAAGAAAUCAAACCAACCCAGUUUUCCAGACCCUUCUGUAUCCGCUGAAAGUCCCCGAAAAUGUCCCCCCGUUCACCACCAUCUUACACGUCCAGGCCAGGAAUCCAGAGGGCUAUCGGCUCAUCUACAACCUUGAAGAGGAAAACGCCUCACAACACUUUCACAUUGAUUUCAAAACUGGUGUGUUGACCGUCACCAACCCCCUCGACUAUGAGAGCCAAAGCAUGCAUGUGUUGACAGUUCGUGCUACUGACUCUGUGACCGGAGCUUUCUCGGUGGCCUCCAUUGAAAUAGAAGUAGAGGAUGUCAACGAUAACAAGCCCGUUUUCUCAAAGCUAUCUUACGCUGUGACCAUUGUUGAGGGUUUCCCAAUCAACACCUCUGUUAUACAGCUUUCUGCCUCUGAUAGCGACUCUGGCAGAAAUAAAGAUCUUACCUUCCAGAUUGUGAAAACGGAGAGGAAUGAGACUGAUUUCUUCGAGAUAGACCCUCAUAGCGGGUUGAUUGUCACAAAACAGGUGCUGGACCAUGAAAAGAUAAAUCACUUUAUUUUGAAAGUCAGAGCCACUGACAAUGGUACUGUUCCUCUUAGUAGUGAAGCCCAUGUCUUCAUAAAUAUCACGGAUGUCAAUGACAACCCACCAGACUUUGUCACCUCCCAGUAUGACGUAGCACUGGAUGAAAUGGCAAAGUGUGGACACAUAGUCAUCAAAAUCCAAGCUUCAGAUCCGGACACUGAGGACCUGAAUAAUCUGAAGUACAAAAUCCUCUCAGGGAACGAAGGCCACUACUUCAACAUCAAUGAAUCCUCAGGAAUCAUCUCUUUUUCUAAUGUCUGUAAGAGGAAUCUGGACCCUUAUUAUAAUCUGACUGUGGCUGUGUCUGACGGAGUGUUUCAGAAAACAGCACCAGUCAACAUUGACAUGAUAAACAGCAACAUGCAUAGUCCGCACUUCAAGCAGAGCAUCUAUGAAGCCGAGCUGGCUGAAAAUGCAGAGGCAGGAACGCGGGUGAUCCGAUUAGCGGCCAUUGACCCUGACGACGGGCCAUAUGGCAGUGUUGACUACACCAUCAUAAACAAAUUUGCUGAUGAGAAGUUUGCCAUCGACACUGAUGGGCAGAUUGUUACAACACAACCAUUGGACAGAGAGAACCCUGCCCAGAGAGUCAUAGCUAUCAAAGUGAUGGCUAAAGAUGGCGGCGGAAGAGUGGCCUUUUGCACGGUCAAGAUUAUUCUCACAGAUGAGAAUGACAACGUUCCUCAGUUUAAAGCAUCGGCGUACCACGUUUCAAUUCAGUCAACUGUAAAUAAAGGCUCCCCUGUCAUUCAAAUCAUGGCUUACGAUGCAGAUGAUGGCAAAAAUGCAGAUGUCACCUACACAGUAGAUGAAGCCGAAGAGGUGACCGAAGACAUUAUCGAGAUCAACCCUUUCACCGGAGUUGUGAGUGUCAAAGAGAGCCUCGUUGGCAUGGAGAACAAGAUUUUCAACUUCAAAGUCAAAGCUCGCGAUGGCAGCCUUCCUUUCUAUAACUCCACAGUCCCUGUUCAGCUCAAAGUGGUUCCUCCUGAGGUUCCUCUUCCGAAGUUUUCAGAGCCUCUCUACACCUUCUCAGCUGCCGAGGACAUCCCCAUUGGGACAGAGGUAGGCUCCGUGAGGGCAGACUCUGACAUGCCACUUAUUUACAGCCUGGUGAACGGGAACACUGUGGAAAGCAACAAGGACAAAGUGUUCAGUUUGGACAAAGAAAGUGGAACAUUGCUGUUGCAGAAGACUAUAGAUCACGAAAAGACGAAAUGGUAUCAGAUAGAUGUGAUUGCUAAGGGGAGCCACAACGGUACUGAUGUUGCGUCACUGGUGUCGGUCAGCAUUCAGGUCCAAGAUGUGAAUGAUAACCAGCCGGUGUUUGAUGCUAACCCAUACAGGGCCUUCCUGGCUGAGAACAUGCCUGCUGGAACCACUGUUAUUCAGGUGACCGCCAACGACCCGGACACAGACACCAACGGUCUUGUGACCUACAGCUUGGAGUCUCUACCCGAUGACACGGCGGCAGACAUCACUGAGGUAUUCUCCAUCGACGGAGAGAGCGGCUGGAUCACCACCCUACGGGAGACGGACUGUGAGGCGACCAGGGUGUACAGGUUCAAGGUGUUGGCUGUAGACCACGGCGGCGACGUCAAGCUGUCAUCCAGCGUCCUGGUGGAGGUGACCGUGACGGACGAGAACGACAACCCACCGAAGUUCUCCGAUGACGUGUACCGCGGCUCAGUGGUGGAGAACAGCAACCCCGGGGAAGUCAUCGUCUCCAUGACAACCACAGACGCCGACGUGUCAUUGGAGAACCGCCUUGUGACGUGUUACAUCACAGAUGGGGACCCUAUGGGCCGGUUCGCCAUCAUCCAGGAGGAUGAGGGCGAGUGGGGUUUGAUUGCGAGGGAAACUCUGGACAGAGAGACCAAAGACAGGUACACGCUCAAAGUCACGGCCACCGACGGGAAGUCUGAAGCUCCGGUGAUCGUGGAGGUCCACGUGCUGGACAUCAACGACAACAGUCCGCUGUGUGAACAGCUGGUGUACACGGAGGCGGUGAUGGAAAACUCGCCUUCCAGCAUGUUUGUGCUGAAGGUUUCGGCUUCAGACCCAGACGUGGGCGCUAAUGGACAGAUCUCCUACACCCUCCACGGUCCCAACGCAGAUAUGUUCCAUCUCGACCACAGGACAGGUGAGCUGUUCAUUUUGGCUGUGCUGGACCGGGAGAAGGAGGUCGAGUACAACCUGGUGGCCAAGGCGACGGACGGCGGCGGGCGCUCGUGUCAGGCAGACAUCCGGCUGACGGUCCAGGACAUUAACGACAACCCGCCUCUGUUCUCCAGCAGCCACUACGAGGUCACCGUGUUCGACAACACGACCGUACGAACUCCCGUCGCUGUCGUGUACGCCAAGGACCCAGACACUGGUAUAAACUCCGAGGUGAGGUACUCCCUCCUGGCGGGCGACAGUGGCUACUUCUCUCUGGAAGAGUUCUCUGGGAUCCUGCGGCUGGAGCGCCCGCUGACCACCAACACCCCGCCCACCUUUGAGCUGAAGGUGAAGGCCACGGAUCGCGGCCUGCCUCGUCACCUCUACUCCGUCGCCACGGUGACGGUGGACGUGGUCUCCCUGGACGACUACCAGCCCGUCUUCCUGAACUCGGAGUACACCGCUCAGCUCCCAGAAUCCUUGGCGGUGGGGUCGGAGGUGCUGAGCGUCUCCGCUCUGACCAGAGACGGCGGGGGGCCAGAUCCCAUCGUCUACCGCAUCGUGUCCGGCAACGAGGACGGACGCUUCCUGCUGGACACGCGGACAGGCCUCCUGACCCUCAUCGCCCCGCUGGACUUUGAAGUCUCCCGACAUUUCUACCUGUCUGUAGAGGGAAGUCGAGGCAAGUCGUCCCUCAGUGACAUCACCACGGUUAUCAUCAACGUGACGGACCUGAACGACAACGCGCCAGUGUUCGGACAAGGCGACUACAGCGCAGAGAUAUCGGAGGAUCUGACGCCUGGAAGCCUGGUGAUGAAGGUUACAGCAACUGAUCAAGACGGUCCCAUCAACAAUCUGCUGCGUUACUCCAUAGUGAGCGGAGACGCUGGGCAGCAGUUCUCUAUUCACCCUCGUAGCGGAGAAAUCUCAGUCCGCACUGCGCUGGACAGAGAAGAGAUCCCUCAUUACUCUCUGACGGUGCAGGCAGCAGAUGAAGGUGAUCCUCCCCUGUCCUCGGCGGUCCUCAUCACCAUCACUGUCAGCGAUGUCAACGACAACCCGCCUGUCUUCUCCCAGGUCAACCACAGUCUAGUGCUGCAGGAGGGCGAGUCCAUCGGCAGCGGCAUCCUCCAGCUGGUGGUGACGGACAAAGACACGCCCAGGAACGGCCCGCCUUUCUCCAUCCACAUCGUCAGCGGCAACGAGGACCGCCGUUUCCACGUCGACCAGGGUGGCCUGCUGUCGCUCUCUGCCCCACUCCGAAAGAAGGUCAAACCCCAUCACCAGCUCAAGAUACAGGUGACAGACAGCGGCCACCCUCCCCUCUCCUCCAUCUGUGUGGUCAACAUCAAUGUCACCGAGCAGAGCAAGUAUCCUCCCUCCGUAGUGCCUUUGGAGGUCUUCAUCACCACCUCCAGUGGUCUGUUUGCCAACCGGGUGAUCGGCCGGCUCCACGCCUCGGACCAGGACCUGCACGACGUCCUGACCUACAACUUAGUGUCAGAACACCCAGAUGGGGGGAGGUUCUCCGUUGACCACACCGAUGGCAAAAUCUGGGCUGAUGAAAACCUGAAGGAGGGCUCCUACUCCCUCAACGUCAGCGUGACCGACGGGAAGUUCAGCGUCUGGACCGGGGUCAGAGUUCACGUGUGGGCGGCCGACCAGCGGGCACUGGACUCGGGCCUGACGCUGCAGCUGCUCGGGCUGUCCCCGGAGGAGUUUCUGGGCGACCACUGGAAAGGCCUGCAGCGCAGCCUUGGACAAGCUCUGGGUUUACCCAGACAUGAGCUCUACAUGGCCAGCCUGCAGCAGCUACCCGACGCCCAGGUCCUGGAAGCCCUGCUCAUCUGGAGGCCUCAGAGUGGACUCGUCCAGUCUCUGCCAACCAACAGACUCGCAGGUGUGAUAUCAGACAUCGAGGACUCUCUGGGCCUCAGCAUCCUCAGGGUGAGACACAACGGUUGUCUUGGUACCGGCUGUCCGCCGCGAGGCUGCAGGAACGCCGUGCGACUAACCCAUGAAAGACUGAGCCAUUUCACCACCGCCAGAGCCGGUUACAUCACCCCACGACACACAUGGGAGAGUGUCUGUCCCUGUAACGAGUCUGCAGUCAAGUUCAAUGGUAAAUCCUACCUGAAGUAUCUUCACGGGAUGGAUGAGGACAACCAGGACUUCAAACUGUCAUUGCGAUUUAAGACAUUCCAGGAGAAAGGCCUCAUUGUGUCCACCAACAGCACCAAGGACUGGGGAACUUUACAGCUGACUGAUGGAGAGUUGCAGUUCAGGUACAGCUGUGGAAACGGCUCCCCCUCUCCUUUACUGAUCCGAUCAGAUCCGGUGUCAGAUGGCAGGUGGCACAGGGUCCUGCUAGAGGUCAACUCCAGCGGCCUGAGACUGAUCAUGGACCAGCAGCACACAGCCUCCGUCACCCUGACCGAGCCAUGUCGGAUGUUGCGCUCCCAUGGUGCUUUGCUCUUCGCUUCUGUCACUCAAGACUCUGAUCCGGGGCUCCACCAGCAUCCGCAUGAUUUCGUUGGCUGCCUAGAAGGCCUGGAGCUGAAUGGGGAACCAAUCAGAGUGGGUGACACAGCGGAGUGGGCCAAGCCGGGGAGCAGGAGGGUGUUUGGGGUGUACCAGUGCUGCAGCAAGACAGGAGCCUGCGACAACAACCCCUGCCAGAACGAAGGGAUCUGCGAGGAGGAUGCCAGCGGAGAGCCGCGCUGCAGCUGUGCCGGACUCUCACGAGGCGCCCGCUGCGAGCUGGCUGAUAACCCGUGCGCCUCUCAACCGUGUCCCCACGGCAGGGUGUGUGUGCCCAAGGAUCAGGGUUACAUGUGCAACUGCUCGCUGGACAACCCCGAAGCAGGGUGUGACAAUCAGUGUUUGCCCAAUCCGUGUCCUGAAAGCUUUGGUUGCAAAGUCACUGACGGCUCCAUCCACUGCGACCCGCUGCCUCUGGUAUCUCCAAUGAUCGGCUACAUGGAAAUCAUGGAGAUCGGUGUCAGCGUGCUUGGAUUGCUCUUCUUGGUUGGCAUCUUUGUUUGUAUCAGGAAACGUUACGUACAGCAGAAGAAGAAAAAGCCCAUCUGCGUCCAGGACUCCAAUGGCUACUUCCAGCCCAGUCUGGCCAAGAGCCUCAAAGCCAACAACCAGGAAGUGAACCCCAUAGAGAUGAGCUCAUUGGUCGGUCCCACCAACGACCUCGACCACACGCCGUUCCGGUCUCUUCGCCCACGCAGCCAGAUCAUUUCGUCAGGAGGCGAGGUUUUCUCUCCAAAGACGCAGGGGCCGGUUGUGUGCAGUGUUGCCCCAAACCUCCCUCCCAGGCCACCGUCCAGCUCCGACAACGACUCCAUCAGGAAGAACCACUGGGAUUAUGAAGUCUAUCCAGCAGACCCCAACUACUACGGCCCCCCAGCAGUCCAGGAGUUCCCCCAGUUUGACAUCGUAGAGGACACCUACUCUACCACCUCCACCAUGGACUCGCGACGGAACUCUCGAUUCGGCGGCUUCCCGUUUCCACUGGAUCGAUGUGACCGCCGCGCUCCCUUACCGCCCUGCUACAGCAACCAGAACCUGGACGACUUCCUGGGUCCCGACGGGCUUCCUCUCCCCAGCUCCCAGUGCCCCAACGAGUACACCGCCAUCAGCUACUACCCCACCCAGCACGCCCGCAGCCUGGACAACGUCUCGGGAGGCUACAAGAGACUCAGCAUGCGUCUGAGCGUGGCGAUGCCGUCGUACGCAGAGCAGGCCAGCCCGGCGCCGAACCCCGCCCAGCCUCAAACGAGACCAGCAGGGCGGAAUCCGAGCAGCUACGAAGGGUCCAGCAUGGUUGAGAGUGAUUACGGGAGCUGUGAGGAGGUGAUGUUUUAAGACCCAAGAUUGGGUUAGAAGCCUACGUCCUUUUUUUUUUGUGGCAAUUUGCGUCCUUGUUCGAUGAUUACUCACUUUUAGUUUCAUGUGGGAGCCUAACAGUGUAAGUACAUGGCACCGUGUUGUACGACUCCAUUCUAAGGCAGCCUUGUGUGCAAGUACAGCUCGUAGAUGGGACUCUUUGAAAAGGCAGCACAGCACACUCGCUGUGAGAGUCUUUUUUUUCACAGAAGAAAGCCAUGUGAACCAUUCAGAUGUCUUUCAUGUGUUUGACUUUUCAAAGUAGUGAAGUCCUACUGUGCCAGACUAGGCGGGGUAAUUUAGAGCUCCUCGGUUACUUCCGCGGAGAGAGUUCAGCAGAAGUUCAUCCCCGAUGUCUGAGAGACGCCACCGAGAGCACUCGUUAACUUGAGAGGGUUGUGAAAUUGCGAAGAGUAUUACUCACUUGACUGUGGACUGUUUCUUUGUCAAAAUAGGGAUAACUCAAGACUUUUUUUAAGCUUUAACAUUAGAAAAUCUGACUCUCAGAAGAGGAUUCUGCUUUCUAAAAAUCACACAACUGCAUUUCACUUCUUGCACACACGAGCCAGCCACUCUGAAAACAUCAAUUUCAGCUCUGUCAAACAUUGAUAAUGGUAUGCAUGCUGUGCACCAAAUUAUAUGAUUGAAUGAGAGACGGCAGGCAUGAGAAAACACAGUUGCCAUGGCAGUGGCCAAUGUGACAUUCAGACGUCUAAUGAAAUCCUGAUGAAGAGCUUUGGUGAGUGUUGCAUUGUACGGAAGGUAACUAGUGUUUAUCAUAUCCACAUUCUGCGGUGUGUUUGUGUUAACGUGGAAUUUCUUUUAUCAUAAAAACACUGCAAGAAAUGUUGGAAAAUGCAGGUUUAAUGUGUGUCUAAUGUGUGCCCACUAUUUCAAAUCUACAGGUAUUAAAAAGACAUUAAGCACAUUUCAUGCAGGUUAAAAAUUUCAAUGAACUCUUUAAUCUGCUUACUGUUGCUGUUUAAUCUCGCUGUCUGUUACAAUGAAGGGGGCUGGAUCCUCAUU